AUGCUUAAAGGAACUUUUAAUAAAUUUGACCUUAUGCAUAAUGAAAAAUCUAUUUAUAUCAAUUAUCAAAGAAAUACAUUAAAAGACAUUUUAACAGUCUGUAACAAAUGGUUUAAAUCACAUGAGAAAUAUAAAAAAUGGAGAGAUUUUCGAGGAUAUAGUUUUAGAAAUCAAGAGAAGCAUGGUUUAUUUUAUGAUAUAAGUGAACUUUUACCUGCAUUUUAUUAUAUUGGCUUUGAACAAAACUUUGAUUUGACUUUUGGAUCAGAUUAUGCCGAGAAGAAACUUGUAUAUGACCCGAUUAGAGUACUUAGAGCUAGUUAUACAAACGAUCGAAAUCUUGUGUUUGAAGAUGAACAAGAUGAGGAAAUUGCUAGAUUAAUUCAUAAUGAUCAUG